CUUUUUUUUUUUUUUUUUUUUUGAGAUGGAGUCUCACCCUGUUGCCCAGACUGGAGUGCAGUGGCGCGAUCUCGGCUCACCACAACCUCUACCUCCCGGGUUCAAGCGAUUCUUCUGCCUCAGCCUCCCAAGUAACUGGGACUACAGGCACAUGCCACCCUGCCCAGCUAAUUUUUGUAUUUUUAGUAGAGACGGGGUUUCACCAUGUUGGCCAGGCUGGUCUCAAACUCCUGACCUCAGAUGAUCCACCCGCUUUGGCCUCCCAAAGUACUGGGAUUAUAGGUGUGAGCCGCUGCGCCUGGCCAAAAGCAGUUAUUUUAGCUUGUAACUUAAUCGUGUAGUGCUUUUUCUCAAGAAAACCAUCAUGUUUCAGUAAGCAGCAGAAGUAUUUUAUGUCGGCUAGGCACAGUGGCUCAUGCCUGUAAUCCCAACACUUUGGCAUUCUAUUACUAUGGACAGAUCAUGCAGAAUGAUGUCUUUGGUGGACUUGGGAAAGAGGUUGCUAGAAGCAGCAAGAAAAGGCCAAGAUGAUGAAGUGAGAACGUUGAUGGCAAAUGGCGCCCCAUUCACCACAGACUGGCUUGGAACAUCACCCCUCCACCUUGCAGCUCAAUAUGGUCAUUAUUCCACAGCAGAAGUACUCCUUCGAGCAGGUGUUAGCAGGGAUGCCCGGACUAAAGUAGACAGGACCCCCUUGCACAUGGCUGCAGCCGAUGGACAUGCGCACAUCGUGGAACUGCUUGUUCGGAAUGGUGCAGAUGUGAAUGCCAAGGACAUGCUGAAGAUGACAGCUUUGCAUUGGGCCACAGAGCGCCACCAUCGAGAUGUCGUAGAGUUACUUAUCAAAUAUGGAGCUGAUGUCCAUGCUUUCAGCAAAUUUGAUAAAUCAGCCUUUGACAUAGCUCUGGAGAAAAACAAUGCUGAGAUUUUGGUCAUCCUCCAGGAAGCAAUGCAGAAUCAGGUGAAUGUUAAUCCAGAGAGAGCCAACCCUGUGACUGACCCUGUGAGUAUGGCUGCUCCAUUCAUCUUCACGUCGGGUGAGGUUGUUAACCUCGCAAGCCUUAUUUCUUCAACCAACACCAAAACAACCUCAGGUGACCCCCAUGCCUCAACAGUACAGUUUUCAAAUUCUACCACCUCAGUGCUGGCUACCCUUGCAGCUCUUGCUGAGGCAUCAGUCCCCCUCUCCAACUCACACAGAGCCACAGCCAAUUCAGAGGAAAUUAUAGAAGGAAAUUCUGUUGACUCAUCAAUCCAGCAAGUAAUGGGGAGUGGAGGCCAGAGGGUCAUCACCAUAGUGACUGAUGGAGUCCCUCUGGGUAAUAUCCAAAGUUCAAUCCCUACUGGAGGCAUUGGCCAGCCAUUUGUUGUAACUAUGCAAGAUGGACAGCAAGUUCUAACUGUACCUGCUGGUCAGGUUGCAGAGGAGACUGUAGUUAAAGAGGAAGAAGAAGAGAAGUUGCCACUAACAAAGAAACCAAGGAUAGGAGAGAAGACAAACAGUGUGGAGGAAAGCAAGGAAGGCAAUGAAAGAGAGCUACUACAGCAACAACUCCAGGAGGCCAAUCGAAGAGCCCAGGAAUACCGACACCAGCUCCUAAAGAAAGAGCAGGAAGCAGAACAGUACCGUCUUAAGCUGGAGGCCAUAGCCCGACAGCAGCCCAAUGGAGUUGAUUUCACCAUGGUUGAAGAGGUGGCUGAGGUACAUGCUGUAGUAGUCACAGAGGGGGAGUUGGAAGAGAGAGAGACAAAAGUGACUGGGUCAGCAGGGACCACAGAGCCUCACACUAGAGUUUCCAUGGCAACUGUUUCAUCUUAAUAUGCAAGGGCCACAAUUUGCACUGUGUUCAUAUUAAUCCUCUUUUAAAAAAGAAAAUAUACAGAAGACAAACAUUGUAUAAAAACUAAGAGUGUCUUUAAGAAGAAAACUAUAGCAGGGUACAAUGCUUGGGCUCAGGAAAUUUCUCUGUGCAACUGGAAAAUUCAAAGCCAUAUUUAGGGAACAUUUUUUCUGAGGGGCCAAAAGAAUAAGGACCAAAUUUCUUAGCUCAUAUCAUUGCUUUAAACAUAGAAGUAAAAGAAUACUGCAUGUUGUGGGUUGAUUUUUUUUUUUAAAUAACUGACUUUCUCACAAAAGAUUUUAAGAUAACGUUUCUAAUAUAUAUGCACCAAUAUAUAUGCCUUUAAUAAUUAUACCAUCAAGUGACCUGAAAAUGCCCCUUAGAUUUAUGAUGCGUAUCUGUUGGAAAAACUAAUUGGAAGGGAGGUUAGACAAGCUUUGGGGAAGAGAAAAGGAAUAUAGUCCAUUUCCAAAGGAGCAGGAACUCCCAACCUAAGUUGAUUUCACUGAAGAGAAUUUUCCUUUUUUUUCUUUUUUGAGACACGGUCUGACUCUGUCACCCAGGCUAGAGUACAGUGGUGCAAUCUUGGCUCACUGCAACCUCUGCCUCCAGGGCGCAGCCUCCUGAGUAGCUGGGAGGACAGGCAUAUGCCACCACAUCACUGAGAAGAAAUUUUUGAUUGUCUGACAGAUACUUAUCCAUUAUGUUCAGAUGCUUGUGUAAGAAACUGAAAUAAGCUGCGUGUGGUGGCUCACACCUGUAAUCCCAACACUUUGGGACGUUGAAAUGGGAGAAUUGCUUGAGUCCAGGAGUUUGAGAUGAGCCUGGGCAACAUAGAAACCUGUGUCUACAAAAAAUUUAAAAAUUAGCCAAGUAUGGUGACAGGCACCUAUGGUUCCAGCUACUCAGGAGGCUGAGGUGGGAGGAUUGCUUAUGCCUUGGAGGUCAAAACUGCAGUGAGCCAUGGUUGCACCACUGCUCUCCAGGCUUGAGUGACAGAGCAAGACUGUAUCUCAAAGGAAAAAGGAAACUAGGCCAGGCGCGGUGGCUCACGCCUGUAAUCCCAACACUUUGGGAGGCCGAGGCGGGCGGAUCACGAGGUCAGAUCAAGAACAUCCUGGCUAACACGGUGAAACUCCAUCUCUACUAAAAAUACAAAAAAUUGGCCGGGCGCAGUGGCUCACGCCUGUAAUCCCAGCACUUUGGGAGGCAGAGGCGGGCGGAUCACAAGGUCAAGAGAUUAAGAUCAUCCUGGCCAACAUGGUGACACCCCGUCUCUACUAAAAAUACAAAAAUUACCCAGGCAUAGUGGCACACGCCUGUAGUCCCAGUUACUUGGGAGGCUGAGGCAGGAGAAUUGCUUGAACCUAGGAGGCGGAGGUUGCAGUGAGCCAAGAUCGCGCCACUGCACUCCAGCCUGGCGACACAGUGAGACUCUGUCUCAAAAAAACAAAACAAACAAACAAAAAUACAAAAAAUUAGCCGGGCGUGGUGGCACCUGCCUGUAAUCCCAGCUACUUGGGAGGCUGAGGCAGGAGAAUCGCUUGAACCCGGGAGGCGGAGGUUGCAGUGAGCUGAGAUUGCACCAUUACAUUCCAGCCUGGGCAACAGAGCCAGACUCUGUCUCAAAAAAAAAAAAAAAAAGGAAAUUGAAAUAGAGUUUUUAAAAACUGAACUGGAAAGCCGAGGCGAGCGGAUCACCUGAGGUCGGGAGUUCCAGACCAGCCUGACCAACAUGGAGAAACCCUGUCUCUACUAAAAAUACAAAAUUAGGGCCAGACCCAGCAGCUCAUGCCUGUAAUCCCAGCACUUUGGGAGGCCGAGGCGGGUGGAUCAUGAGGUCAGGAGUUCAAGACCAGCCUGGCUGAGAUGGUGAAACCCUACUAAAAAUACAAAAAUUCACCUGGCAAGGUGGCAGGCACCUGGAAUCCCAGCUACUCGGGAGGCUGAGGCGGUAGAAUCACUUGAACCCAGGUGACAGAGGUUGCAGUGAUCCAAGAUCAUGCCACUGCACUCCAGCCUGGGCGAUAGAGUGAGACUCUGUCUCAAACAAACAAAACAAAACAAAACAAAAUUAGCUGGGUGUGGUGGCACAUGCCUGUAAUCCCAGCUACUCAGGAGGCUGAGGCAGGAGAAUCGCUUGAACCCGGGAGGCGGCAGUUGCAGUGAGCCGAGAUGGCACCAUUGCACUCCAACCUGGGCAACAAGAGUGAAACUCAAUUAAAAAAAAAAAUAGAAAAGAAAGAAAACUUGUUUAUGUGGGAGGAGUAUAUAUAAAACCAAAAUCCAGGCUGUGUUUCCACAGUGCUGGGAAGUGGCCAGAAAAAGGCUUAUAGGGGCUAUGAAACUCUGGUCUUGACAUAUAAACUUUGCUCUGACUGGAUUUCAUAAAAUUACAGUGAGGAGGGUAGUCUCUUGUCAGAACAACUUGUUUCCAAACAUUUAUGUAAUGUCAAGCUCAGUCUCUCUUUUUUUUUUUUUUUUGAGACGGAGUCUUGCUCUUGUUGCCCAGGCUGGAGUGCAAUGGCGUGAUCUCAACUCACCGCAACUUCCACCUCCCGGUUUCAAGCUAUUCUCCUGCCUCAGCCUCCCGAGUAGCUGGGAUUACAGGCACGCGCCACCACGCCCGGCUAAUUUUGUAUUUUCAGUAGAGACAGGGUUUCUCUAUGUUGGUCAGGCUGGUCUGGAACUCCUGGCCUCAGGUGAUCCACCCGCCUUGGCCUCCCAAAAUGCUGAGAUUACAGGCGUGAGCCACCCCGCGCACAGCCUAGACUCUAAUUUUAUAAAACUUUGUUGAAUUUUCUAAGUGUCAUUUAGGACAUAUUAUGCUUUUCUGUGGAGCUUAUAUCUUAUCCUCUUAUGUGCAACAAAAAGGGGGUCGGAGGUAAAUGCUGAUGAUGUUGUUUAGUUUUAUUUUCUUUUGAUCUGGCAUGAGUAAAUUGCUCUGUUUCCUUAAGCUUGGGUCUGUUACAGAGCUUUGUGCUUUAUAGGGUGCUCAGUGUGUGUUGACAAAGGGAAUAAGAACUGUCAGUGCCACAAAGAACCAAAGAUUCUGGCUACUUUGUCUUCUUCCUUUCUCUCCCACUAUGCCUACACUUCCUCUGCCCAGACACUUUUGGAAAGUGUUUAACUGCUGGGUUUUCUUUUUCUUUUUCUUUUUUUUUUUUUUUGAGACAGAGUUUCGCUCUUGUUGCCCAGGCUGGAGUGCAAUGGCGUGAUCUUGGCUCACCGCAACCUCUACCUCCUGGGUUCAAGUGAUUCUCCUGCCUCAGCCUCCCGAGUAGCUGGGACUACAGGCAUGCGCCACAAUGCCUGGCUAAUUUUGUAUUUUUAGUAGAGAUGGGGUUUCUCCAUGUUAGUCGGGCUGGUCUUGAACUCCUGACCUCAGGUGAUCUGCCUGUCUCGACCUCCUAAAGUGCUGGGAUUAUAGGCGUGAGCCACUGCGCCUGGCCACCUGCUGGGUUUUCUUUGUAUGUCAGCAUGGAGUUUUUCCCAAAGAAAGGGAAUAUGGAUGGAGAGAGAGAGGUUAUGAACAGGUUAUGUUACAGAGGUUAUUGCCUUUGAAACUGGGCCCUCAUCAUUCUAGACUUGCUUGCUUUGUUAUAAAUUAGAAGAAACCAGAGGGAGAUGUGCCAAGUAAACAUUCAAAUGACUGUUUAGAAUAUGGUUUUCUUAAUUAGCAGUCAUGGGGAAAACAUGCAUUUUUAAUUUGGAAAAAAACCUGACAGUUAACAUGGUUCUGUUUACCUUGAUUAGUGAAGUAAUUUGCUGCAGUGUUACAGAGGAGCAGAAUCACUUGGGUCUCAAAAUAGACUGAAAAUUUAACUCCCCAAACCAAAUUUAACAAACAGAAUUGGUUAUUAGAGAUUUAUAGGCAAAAAUAUCAGUUUGGAAAUUAACCUUGGCUACUGGCCACCUUAGCUAGGUUUUCUCCACAGAUCUGUUUUCUCCACAGAUCUGAGUACUUAACACUUCCCAGAUGAUUGGAGAAUAUUCUGGGCUGUUGGGGAUGACAGGGAAAUGUGAGGGGGAAUAGCCUAGGUAAGGGUGAUGAUGAAAUUAUUCUAUCUGCUGUCAAAUAAUCUUUUCCUGUUUGCAAUGUUUUUAUUUUUUCUGAGUCCCUUUGGGAACCAGGUGCUAACAAGAAGCUGUUAUGUGUGGGAUUUCGGAGCCUUACUUUAACGAUAGAGGAACCAAGUAUCAUUUUAGAUGUCUUUUAUUUAUGUUCUCGGUGCAUAUGUUGACUUUAAUCCCUCUUCCCCCACACCUCGCCCAUUAAGGGGAAGGAGGUUAGCUCUGCAGAUGAUAUUCAGGCCCAAUCUCACUCUCUGGGGUGGCUACUGACUAAAGGCAGAGAAUGUCCAUCCAACAUGCCCUUCUGACUAUACAGUCACCACUUUUUUGGGGGAAUUCUUUAGCAGAUCUUAUUGUUCUUUCUGCAGAAGCUAUCAUUCCUACCUCCCCAACCCCCAAAAUCUCUAAUACAGGCCAAGUCAUUUUUUAUGAUGGGUCUCUGAGAUAGGGCAGUUUGUUAGAGGAGAGGCUAGGGUAGAGAGGGAGAGAAUGGAGGUAUCUGAAAAUAAGUAAGAAAAAGGCAUUGAUUUUUAUUUACUCGGAACAGUCCUCUUGGCAUCCCAGAUAAGGGAAAUAGGAUUUGAUCUCCAAUUGUAUUGCCAUGGAGAGAAUGGCAGGUGAGGAUGCUUUGAAGUAGUUAGAAAUUAAAUAUUGAAUACAUUAAUGGCAAUACCAUUUCAUGACUUUGCAUAUCUUUCUGGAUUAGUCAUGGAAGUUGGGGAAAUAUUGCUUAGAUCUUCUGUGUUAGAGGAUUCCAACUGGCUUAUUGGCAAGGUUGGAUUAUUAAGAAUCAAAUAGCAGACAAAAAUGGCUGGGCACGGUGGCUCACGCCUGUAAUUCCAGCACUUUGGGAGGCUGAGGUGGGUAAACCACUUGAGGUCAGGAGUUCGAGACCAGCCUGGCCGACAUGGCAAAACCCUGUCUCUACCAAAAUACAAAACUUAGUUGGGCAUGAUGGCAUACGCCUGUAGUCCCAGCUACUCUGGAGGCUGAAACAAGAGAAUUGCUUGAACCCAAAAGGUGGAGUUUACAGUGAGCUGAGACUGUGCCACUGCACUCCAGCCUGGGCAAUAGAGCAAGACUCUGUCUCAAAAAAAAAGAAAGAAAGAAAGAAAGAAAAAACAGACAAAUGGAUCAGAAUUGGUGCUUGAGCAAGAGAAACUUCGAGCUUAGGAUAGUUGUCUACUUUAAAAUAAAGCUGCUGGCCGGGCACAGUGGCUCACGCCUGUAAUCUCAGCACUUUGGGAGGCCAAGGCAGGUGGAUCACGAGGUCAGGAGAUUGAGAUCAUCCUGGCUAACACAGUGAAACCCCGGCCCUACUAAAAAUACAAAAAAUUAGCCGGGCGUGGUGGUGGGUGCCUGUAGUCCCAGCUACUCGGGAGGCUGAGGCAGGAGAAUGACGUGAACCCGGGAAGCAGAGCUUGCAGUGAGCUGAGAUCGCCCCACUGUAACAGAUCACCUGGGCAACAGAACGAGACUCGGUCUCAAAAAAUAAAAUAAAAUAAAAUAAAAUAAAAUAAAAUAAAGCUGCUGGCCAGACAUGGUGGCUCACGCCUGUAAUCCCAGCACUUUGGGAGGCCGAGAUGGGAGGAUCACUUGAGGCCAGGCCAACGUGGUGAAACUCAGUCUCUACUAAAAAUACAAAAAUUAGCCGGGGAUGGUGGCGCAUCAUCAUACUGGUGAGAAAAAAAAAAAAAACAAAAGAGGCCAGGCGCGGUGGCUCACAAAAAAAAAAAAAAAAAAAAGAAAGAAAAAAAGAAAUAUCAGUUUGAGAAAUGAUUAGUUUUUUCUUUUUUCUUUUCUUUUUUUUUUUUUAAACAGAGUCUCUGUUUGUUGCCCAGGCUGGAGCGCAGUGGCGUGAUCUUGGCUCAUUGCAACCUCUGUCUCCCGGGUUCAAGCGAUUCUUCCGCCUCAGCCUCCCAAGUAGCUGGGAUUACAGGCACGCGCUAAUUUUUGUAUUUUUAGUACAGACGGGAUUUCACCAUAUUGGCCAGGCUGGUCUCGAACUCCUGACCUCGUGAUCCACCCUCCUUGGCCUCCCAAAGCGCUGGGAUUACAGGUGUGAGCCACCGCGCCCAGCCUCUUUUGUUGUUUUUUUUUUCUCACCAGUAUGAUGAUGACCAUUUUAAGAAAGCUUGUGUGGCUCUCUCCUAUCAUUACAGACCUCCAGAGCUGGAAAAUUUGAUGCAUUUACUGAACUCUUCCUGAAAGUUUAAUAUGGAGUGGGAAUCAGUUUUUGUCCUAAUUUAUUAGAGAAGGCUUCCUCUUCUCUACUCCUUGUGCAAACCCAUCUCUGGAUAGCUAGAAAAGGAACUUCAGAAUGGACUAUAUGUGAUGACCACCUGUAUGCACUCUAGGCUCUUAUCUGUCUCUAUUUUAUGUGGUGACUAUAUCUCAGAAGUACUACCCCUUCUGAGUAGUACUAUUAUUUCCUAUGCCAAUUUUUUUUAAGUCUCUGAUGCUGCCCUUUUUAAAUAUUUAUCUUAUUUUUUAGCCUCUUUAGUAUUAGGGGGUGAGGUGACAUUCCUAGACUCUACAGUAGCAGUUUGGCAUGUUAGUGACAGGAAAUUGUGAUUCCCUAUCUCCCCCUCCUCCUACCUUUUCUGCUUUUGUGAUUCCAUUGUUCCUAUCUCAUUGAGGCUUUCCCAGGCAUUCGAAUUUAGUUAUUUAGUUAGUAGGUCAUUUCUAAUCUCUGGGCCUUGUCUUUUCUCUCUCCGUUCCCCUCCUUCCCUACCACAUAUUUUUUGUUUAUUCUGAGGUGGUUUGUUUCUGAAAGUUAAUCUAGGUCACCUUCUAUAUCCUGUGCUUUCUAGUUGGCUUUAGACAUCUUGUUCUAGCAACAAUGAUGGUAGCAGCUCUCUCCCUGACCUUGCCCCAUGUGCUCUCCUUCUGUCAAGGCCAUUUGUGUGUGUACUGCGGCAGGUGUGUGUGUGGGGGGAUGCACCCAGACUAUUCUCACAAUGUCCUCAGUUUUUCAGGUUGUCUGACAGCUUUAUUACAGCGUAUUUUUAGAAAAACUUAAAUAUACUUUAUUUAGGGUUUUAUUCUGAUGAGCAAGUUUGUGUGUAUAUGUGUGUAUGAGCAUUUGUAUGUAUAUAUACUUAUACAGAUCUAUAUUAUAUAUACAGUUUUUGUACUAUCAUUUAAAAUAGAAAUGUUUCUCAAUAAAAUGUCAAAGCCGACCA